GCGUUUCUUCACCGAAUCCGCCAGAAUGCUGUGGACAAAGCUGAGAAGUACAUAACGGAGGAGAAUGUUAAGAUCUUAUUUUCUAACAUUGAAGACAUUCUCGGUGUUCACAAGGAGUUCCUGGCUGCCCUGGAAUUUUGUUUACAACCAGAACCUCAGUCUCAGCAUGAACUGGGAAAUGUUUUCUUAAAAUUUAAAGACAAAUUCUUUGUAUAUGAAGAGUACUGUAGCAACCAUGAGAAAGCACUCAGACUACUGAUGGAAUUGAACAAGAUCCCAGCAGUGAGAGCAUUCCUUCUGGGUUGCAUGCUUUUGGGAGGCAGGAAGACGACAGACAUUCCACUAGAGGGUUAUCUGCUGACUCCAAUUCAGAGAAUUUGCAAAUAUCCACUUCUCCUUAAGGAAUUAGCUAAGAGGACUCCCUCUAAGCAUCCUGAUCACCCAGCUGUCCAGAAUGCAUUGCAGGCAAUGAAGACAGUCUGCACCAACAUCAAUGAGACCAAGAGACAGAUGGAGAAAUUGGAAGCCCUGGAACAGUUGCAGUCCCACAUUGAAGGAUGGGAGGGGUCAAAUCUGACAGAUAUCUGCACACAGCUCUUACUCCAAGGGACUUUGUUAAAAAUCUCAGCCGGAAACAUCCAGGAGAGAAUGUUCUUUCUAUUUGAUAAUCUACUGGUCUAUUGCAAGAGGAAAUCCAGAGUUACUGGGAAAAAAACAUCUAAACGGACAAAGUCAAUCAACGGGUCCCUUUAUAUCUUCAGGGGCCGAAUAAAUACAGAAGUCAUGGAGGUGGAGAAUGUGGAAGAUGGAACAGCAGAUUACCACAGCAACGGUUACACUGUGACAAACGGCUGGAAGAUACACAACACAGCCAAAAACAAAUGGUUUGUCUGCAUGGCCAAGACUGCAGAGGACAAACAGAAAUGGCUGGAUGCUAUAAUCAAGGAAAGGGAACAGAGAGAGAGUUUGAAACUGGGAAUGGAGAGGGAUGCAUACGUCAUGAUUGCAGAGAAAGGAGAGAAGUUGUACCAAAUGAUGAUGAGCAAGAAAGUGAACCUUAUCAAAGACAGGAGGAGAAAAUUAAGUACUGUUCCCAAGUGCUUUCUUGGCAAUGAGUUUGUAUCUUGGCUCACAGAAAUUGGAGAGAUAAGCAAACCGGAGGAAGGGGUCAACCUGGGACAGGCACUAUUGGAAAAUGGAAUCAUUCAUCAUGUUUCAGAUAAGCACCAGUUUAAGAAUGAGCAGGUGAUGUACAGAUUUCGCUAUGAUGAUGGAACGUACAAGCCAAGAAGUGAAUUGGAAGACAUCAUGUCCAAGGGUGUGAGACUCUACUGUCGACUGCAUUGCCUAUAUACUCCAGUGGUAAAAGACCGUGACUACCACCUGAAGACCUACAAAUCAGUAAUCCCUGCAAGUAAACUUGUAGAUUGGCUUAUUGCACAGGGAGACUGUCAGACGCGAGAGGAAGCUGUCGCACUGGGUGUUGGACUCUGCAAUAAUGGCUUCAUGCAUCAUGUCCUGGAGAAAAGUGAAUUUAAGGAUGAAUCCUUAUAUUUCCGCUUUUAUGCUGAUGAGGAGAUGGAAGGCACCAGUUGCAAGAGCAAACAAUUACGUAAUGACUUCAAACUCGUGGAAAACAUCCUGGGAACGAGGCUUCUGAUUUUACCAGAAGAGGAUGACUAUGGAUUUGACAUAGAAGAAAAGAACAAAGCAGUUGUGGUGAAGUCAGUUCGACGAGGGUCUUCUGCAGAGAUGGCUGGCCUGCAGACAGGAAGAAAAAUCUAUUCCAUCAAUGAGGACCUAAUAUUCCUACGCCCGUAUUCAGAAGUGGAAACCAUCUUAAACCAGUCCUUCUGCUCGCGAAGGCCACUCAGGCUUCUGGUAGCCAUCAAAUCAAAAGAGAUUAUUAAAAUCCCAGAUUGUCCUGAAACACUUUGUUUUCAGAUACGAGGAGCAGCACCACCGUAUGUUCAUGCAGUAGGAAGAGGUUCUGAGGCUGCAGCUGUAGGCCUUCAUCCAGGGCAGUGUAUUUUGAAAGUUAAUGGCAAUAAUGCAGCACAUGGAAAUUAUAUGGAAGUUCUGGAGCACUUCACAGCCUACAGGACCAGGCAACAGGAAGCACUGGGAUUGUACCAGUGGGUGUACAGAACACAUGAAGAUGCUGAAGAGGACAGAGAAUCAGCCCAAGCACCACAGACCAUCAGCGCUCCACUGGUCAUCAGUGAAGAAACACCUGUCAUUAGCCUGACUGUGGAUAACACCCACCUGGAGCAUGGGGUGGUGUACGAAUACGUCAGCAGUGCAGGAAUCAAAUCCUUUGUCCUGGAGAAAAUUGUGGAACCAAAAGGUUGCUUCAAUCUCACUGCAAAGAUUUUAGAGGCCUUUGCUGCAGAGGACAAUCACUUCGUAAGGAAUUGCAAAAGACUUAUAUCCCUAAGCAGUGCUGUGGCCACCAUGCCCCAGUAUGAAUUCCGGCAAAUCUGUGACACUAAGCUGGAAAGCAUUAGCAGAAGGCUCACAAACUACCAAGAGUUUGCAGAUGAACUGAAAACAAAGGUGAGCCCAGCCUUCAAGCAAGCCACCAUGGAACCACAUUCCCUCAACAGCAUGGAUUUCUGCCCCACCAACUGCCACAUCAACCUCAUGGAAGUAUCAUACCCCAAAAACACUACCUCAGCAGGGAGGUCGUUCAGCAUUCGCAUUGGACGGAAACCCUCUAUUAUUGGUCUUGAUCCAGAACAAGGUACCUUAAAUCCAGUCUCAUAUACUCAGCAUUGCAUCACUACUAUGGCUGCACCAUCCUGGAGAUGUCUGACCCCCGAAGACGGAGAUCUUGAUGGCAGCUUUCGCCAGCAAAAUGGAGGAACCAUUCAGGAGGAAAGGGGACUCAGUUUUCUGCUGAAACAUGAAGAUCGGGAGAUACAGGACUCGUACUUGCACCUUUUUAACAAACUUGACAUUGCAGUGAAGGAAAUGAAGCAGUAUGUCAUUCAGAUAAACAAACUUUUGUCCACCAUAACGGAACCUACACGAGGGGGUGCCUGUGAGCCACCAUCUACUGAGGAGACAUCUCCACCUUCCCUGGGAGCAGAAGAGAGUGAUCCUGACAAAGCUGAGCAUGGUGGAAUCAAGAAGGUCUGUUUCAAAGUUUCUGAGGAGGACCAGGAAGACUCUGGACAUGACACAAUGAGUUACAGAGACUCCUACAGUGAAUGUAACAGUAACCGGGACUCCGUGUUGUCGUACACGAGUGUACGGAGUAAUAGCUCGUACCUGGGCAGCGAUGAGAUGGGAUCCGGAGAUGAGCUUCCCAAUGAUAUGAGGAUUCCUUUAGACAAACAAGACAAACUUCAUGGCUGUCUAGAACAUCUUUUUAACCAGGUUGAUGCCAUCAAUGCACUUCUAAAAGGACCAGUAAUAACUAAGGCCUUUGAAGAAACCAAGCACUUUCCAAUGGACCACAGUUUGCAAGAAUUUAAACAGAAGGAAGAAACCACAGUUAGGUGCCGGAAUAAUAUUCAAGCCAGCAUUCAAGAAGAUCCAUGGAACCUUCCAUUGUGCAUCAAGAACCUUGUUGAAAUCAUACAAAAACACGUGGAAGAUGGGAAGAAUCAGCUGCUUUUGGCCUUGUUAAAAUGCACAGACACUGAGCUGCAGCUGAGACGUGAUUCCAUCUUCUGUCAGUCUCUUGUGGCUGCGAUUUGCACCUUCUCAGAGCAGUUACUGGCUGCUCUCAACUACCGAUACAACAACAACGGGGAAUACGAAGAGAGCAGCAGAGACGCCAGUAGGAAAUGGCUGGAACAGAUAGCAGCCACUGGGGUUUUACUGAACUACCAGUCUCUUCUCUCUCCUGCGGUGAAGGAGGAGCGCACUAUGCUGGAAGACAUCCAGGUCACUCUGACUGAACUGGACAAAGUUGCCUUCUAUUUCAAACAGCUGGAUGAAACUCUUGUAGCAAAUACUCACGUCUUCUACCACAUUGAAGGAAGUCGUCAGUCCUUGAAGGUUAUCUUUUAUCUUGACAGCUACUACUUCUCCAAACUGCCUUCUCGCUUUCAGAACGGGGGAAGCUUGAAAAUGCACACGGUGCUCUUUACAAAAGCUCUGGAGAGUAUGGAGGGGCAAUCACAAGCAGCUGGCUCAUCUCUAGAGGAACUUCCACAGCAAAUUAAUGCUAUUUCACUCGAAAAAGUGCAGCAGUACUACCGUAAACUCAGGACGUUUUACCUUGAGCGAUCAAACUUGCCCACUGAUUCCAAUACUACUGCAGUGAAGAUUGACCAGCUGAUUCGCCCCAUCAAUGCAAUGGAUGAGCUUUGCAGGCUAAUGAAGUCUUUCAUUAAUACAAAACCCACCCAGUCAGGAUAUUCAAGCAGUUCCACGGCAGGAGCUGGCCUGCUACCCAUCUCCUCGGAGCUCUGUUACCGACUGGGAGCCUGUCAGAUUACCAUGUGCGGCACUGGGAUGCAGAGAAGCACACUGAGUGUGUCCCUGGAGCAAGCGGCCAUACUGGCUCGAAGUCACGGACUCCUGCCCAAGUGUAUCAUGCAAGCUACAGACAUCAUGCGGAAGCAAGGACCAAGGGUUGAAAUCUCUGCCAAGAAUCUCAAAGUGAUGGACCAAAUGCCACAGUGCGCACCACGCCUCUACAGGUUGUGUGAGCCACCUGCGGAUGGGGACUUGUAA